AUGAACAAUAAGAGAGACCGUGAAGAUGAGUUAGCGGAUCUCUCUGCAAAGCGACAAAGCUUAAACACGGGUGAGGAAACAGAAUUAUUUUACGAUGAAUCAAGCUCUAGUGAGGAAUCGGACAUUGAAGACAUUGAUUGGGAGGAUAUUGAUUUAGCUGGAGAUAUCACUGUUAAACUAAAAGCUCCAUUGCACCAAAAUGCAACCAAUAAGAGAAGAAGGAAAGACAAUUUCUAUCAUCGUUUGCGAUACGGUUUGCAUAUAAUUGCAAUACCAAUUCUUGUGGCGACUUUAAUUAAGAGAACUAAUUGGACCCAAGAUGAAAGACUGCGAAGAAGAUUGAAGAGAUCAGUCCCUAAACAGAUCACCAAAAAGGUCAAGAAUUGGUCAAAGAGCUCACAAGAUAUUCGAAUUUCAUCGAUUAGGACACUACUACUUGGCCUAGUUAUGUGGUUCAGGGCCAAUUACCAGAUUAAUAGCAACGGAUUCAGACAAAAUUUCUACAGACUGCACUAUAUAUUUCGACUAGAUGAUGGAAAUGUAAUGAAGCCCUAUCGAGAAGCUUGUCUUAGAGAUCAGCACAAAUAUUAUGGGGAAAGACCGGACAUCGCUGGAAAUAUCGAAGACAUCAGAACAUUUGUACGAAACAAGAAGGCAAACAGAGACUAUUUAACUCUCUUUUUCAUCACAAUCUUACGUGAAAUUUUACCCGCUGAUCAAAUAAAGAGUCUCCGGUUAUGCUUUUCACUUCCCCUCCAUAAUUUCCAAAUAUCACCGAGAAAUAUUACCAAAUUAGCCAGCAGGGAUGCUGGUAAAGUUCCUAACAGAUUUGAUACCGACUUAUUACAACCCUAUUUCUGGAUAGAGUUACAUACAAUUGAUGAACCUGAUAAGUUAUAUGUUAUCGACCCUGUCGUACAUAUAGAAGAGGGAAAUAUUGUAAAAAAGUAUAAUAUUGAUGAACCUGUUGACAUCUUUGAACCUAUAAAAGAUCUUAAUCUGAAUGUAAAUCAAUGGUUUCAAUAUGUAAUAAGUUGCGAUGCUAAAGAUAUGACAAUCAGAGAUGUAUCUGCGCGCUAUAUUCCAGAUAUUUAUUAUAGAUACUAUGACAGGACAAGAGGAAGUGUCUUAGAAACGACGCGCCAAUCUAAAAGUCAUCACUUCUUCAUGAGAGUGUUAAAGUCAACUUCUAGAUACCGCAACGACAACACCGUCUUGAUGAAAACCAUUGCAGCCAAAAACUAUAAGUUACCGAAAUCUAUUUCUGAACUUAAGAGAUCUCCAAACUUUAAAGGUCUACGAAUAUUGAAACAAAGCGAGACUGUUAGUAGUAAGGCAAAGCCGGUAGGGAAGGUACAAUAUGGUGGUAAAAAAGAUAAAAUAUAUCGAAUCAGCGACAUUUUGCCAUUGAAAACCAGACAACACUGGUAUCUAUUGGGUAGGACAGUCAAAGAAGAUGCAAAACCUAUAAGAACUAAAACGAUCCCCUUGAGAAAAAGGAACGCUAUUUCUUCAGCACAGGAACUUAAUUUCGCUAGGGAGCUUUUCUCAUAUGAACAAACGGAUUUAACACCCAAAUAUCCUUCGUCAUAUAAGGAUGUAUAUGGGAUAUACCAUGUUGUUUGUGAUGUUGAUUUUUAUAAGAACAAAUACAAGAAUGUGGAGAUAUAUUCUAAAUCGGUAAUUCCAACCGGGUUUCGACUGAUGCGUACUUUUGACAAGGACUAUAAGUUUGACUUACGUAGAUUGAUCAAAAAUGCGAACGUGGAAAAGGGCAAAAAAGGUCAGAAAUUAAUCAAAUAUCUGGAUGUAGUUAGUGGGUUUGAUUUCAGGAAGGGUCAAGCAACUCCGAUUAAGACUCAUAUUUUGGUAAACUACAUGGACUACCGCAAAAUAUUAUCACUACAAAAAGAUUAUAUAGAGCUUCUAAGAUUAGAAUCAUGGAGUAACUUUAUCACAAGACUGAAGAUUAAGUGUGAAUUGGAGGACAAAUACGGCAAAUUAUAG